AUGGGUUUCCGUCUACCUCUAAUCAGGAGGGCUUCAUUCGCUACAAAACUUACUACAAAAUCUGGUGAAGUGCCAAAGGGAUAUCUCGCAGUAUACAUUGGAGAGGAAAUGAAGAGGUUUGUGAUCCCUAUAUCAUACUUGAAUCAACCAUCUUUUCAGGAGUUGUUAAGUGAAGCUGAAGAAGAAUUCGGGUUUGAUCAUCCAAUGGGUGCCCUCACUAUUCCUUGUGCAGAAGAUGUCUUCAUAAAAACCACUUCUUCCUUUAGUGGGUGCUAGCUAACCAAGACAUGAUCAGAUUAGUCAACCUACACA